AUGGGAUCUUCACAUUCUUCUCAAAGACAUGAACGUGAUGGACCCUUAUUUGGCGGUCAUUACCCCGGUGAUUUCUCUAUAAGGAAUAAUAAAUCUGAUUACAAUAAACCUUUACCGGCAUUACCUGAACGAAAGAGCGUUAGAUUCGGCUCUGAUCCGCCCGCAUGGAAAUUCUAUAAGAAUCGACCGGCAGAUGAGAAUUUGGCAAACACACGUUAUUGUCCUCCCCCUCCUCCUCAUCCUGUAUCGAACAGAAGUGAUAGUAUCUCCCCUCCUCCAGCUUAUGGGAAAUGGGAUGAGAAGUCUUUUACCAUAAGGAAUCAAUAA